AUGGCUCCACCAACUCCGGGUCCUAGCAAGGCACCAAUCACCUCAAAAGACCAGUUACCAACCAUCCCAGAAGACAAGUCACCGACAGUCCCACAAGACAAGUCAUCAAAAGACAUGAAAGAUGAGGAGGCAUCAACCGCCCCACAAGACAAGCCACCAACAGCCGUACAAGACAAGUUACCAACCGCCCUCAAAGACCAGUUCCCCGGACAGCUCGACACACAAAAGCAAUUCCCCAACAAGUUCGAUGAGACCAAUGCAGUAAAGCUAGAUGACAUCGACAAAUCUUACCGAACCGCUUCGGCGGAGGUUCCGAUCACGAUUGAGCGGCCUCUCUUCAUCCCACCAAACAAGUCCGACCUCCAAUAUCCCGAGUGCUCGCUCCAAGACGCCGGCACUGCGCGGUUCAAUCGGGCACCUUGUCAGGAGAAACCGAAUGGUACCGUGGGAGAAUGGUCGGCAUCUCACGUUCACCAUUCGGUCUUGCAGCAACAUGUCGAUUAUUUCGAUCGAUCCAAGAUUGGAAUCAUCAGUCCGCUGGACACCUUCGUCUCGAUCCGCAAGUGGGGUUGGAACAUCCUGCUGGCACUCGUCCUAGCCGCCAUCAUCCRUCUCGGCGUCUCCUACCCUACUUGUCCAUCCUUGAUACCGGAUAUGCGCUUUCGGAUCUGGACGAAGAGAAUCCACAAGAGUGUACAUGGGAGCGACUCUCUAUCCUACGACAACGAAGGACGWUUCCGACCGCAGAUGUUUGAGGAAAUCUUCACCAAGUACGAUGGAGGAUCCAAGGGAGGACUGACGAUUCGAGACUUGACGAGAUUUCACAAGGGACAGAGGAAUGCCAUGGAUUUCUGGGGUUGGUCUGUUACUGCUGUUGAGUGGAUCGCCGUCUACCUCUUGCUUUGGCCUGAGGACGGAGUGAUGAAGAAGGAGGACGUGAGGUGUGUCUUUGAUGGGACCAUCUUUCAGAAGAAGGCGGAUGAGUAUGCGGACAAGAAGAAGGGUGGGAAGGGCAAGGUGCAGGAGAAGUCGACUUGA